AUGAGUAAUAAAGUUGGAGAUAAUAUGUAGCAAAAUUUAAGUGAUCUCAUUAAAUAAAUUGAUGUAAUGAAAACCAAAAAGGUUUAAAUUGACUAAGAAAUAUAUGCAGAAUAGUAAUAAUUAAUGAAAACAGAAUAAGAAUUAUAAAUACUUACCAAUCGCCUCAAUGAAUUAGAAGAAUUUUUGGUAAAAAAGUAAAAUGAAAAAUCAGAAUUAAAUAACACAAUUGUUUAAACAGAGAUGGCUAGAAAUAAGAUUGCUGAAUCAUAUAAAAACUAUUUAAACUUUCUACAGUAGUAAAAAAUACAUCAUUUAUCAUCCUAAUAAUGA